UAGGAUUGAUUUCUAUGAUCUGGGAAUGAAAAACAUCAGACUGACAAUGCUAGACUCGUCUUUUUGAGAUUGUUCGGAGUUAAUUUAUUAAUGGCAACGAAAUGAAGAAAAAAAAUCUAAAUUUGCCUUUUUAGCGUGCGGCACAAGCUCUCGCUUCCCUAUAAAAAAGACUUGAUGAGAGGGCGGAGUCAUCUUCGACAUCAUCAGUGUCAUUAAAUUUUAUUUUAGGCUUCUAUUUUCGAGGAAAUUUAAAUAUGUUUCUGGUCUGAUUCGAAGAAUAAAAGUUUUAAAGCUGAUGCAAGUUAACGUCUCGUGACGAAGCCGCAUACUAUCAUACUCUAUCCUGUCGCUUUGUUAUGUCUAAACGGAACAUAGCAUGUCUAGCCCGGCCUUCUUUAUAUGCAGUUGUUUGGUGAUUUUUAAGGGGUCUACAUGCGACAAUAAUGUACACGAUAAGAUAAUUUAUGUUCUCAGCUCGGUUUUACCAAAGAUGCAGAUCAUAAAUUUAAGUUGGAUCAUUCAAAUAAAUAAAUAAUUAAAUAGCAUAGGCCAAACCACUGGAUGAUCCCAACAAAAUACAAUGAAUUCUUUAUAAUUAAAAGACUCUCUCUUUAUGCUUUAGGCUAGAUCAUUUGCAUACAGUAAAUAGAAUAACAACUUUUGUCCAUGCACAAGCCGCAUUUGUGAUGCCCCACUAGGGUUGCCGAGGAGGGACUUCGAACUUUAGACUUCAGUCUCGGGACUUUAGGGACCAUGUUUCCAAUUUCCUCGGCUUUUCGUGUCCGACACGGUUGCAUACGAUACUUUUCCUUACCAUAACGCGUACAAUCAGACGCUGAUAUCGAUAUUAGCGACUGAUAAGACUGAUAAGACGGACAGUGCUCUUAAAAACAUGGCGUUACGUGUAAACAUGUGACGUCACAGACGGUGGACGUGGAUAAGUGCAUAGGACAACGCACACGUUCUUUGUUUACUCUUUGAUCAUUGUUUCAGCGUUCGGAGCCGUUCGGAGAGCAAGUAACUCUCUUUAGGAUCACCUGUAUUUUUUGUUUAUAUCAAGUUUGUAACGAAUCGAAUCAAUCACUUUAAGUUGUUGUGCGAACGGUUCAUAAUACCCGUAAUAUCAAGAAGUGAACAAUUCACAUCUUGCCGGUGGGAUGAAGACAAUGAAAGAUUACUUAUUGACCGGCUUUGGUACAUAACCGCCUGUUUAAAAUGAAUCAAGCAAGCACGCGAAGGUUCACGGAUUUUGUUAACACCAUCUCGAAAACCGAUCUGUUUUCGUGCUUGUCUCUGUGGAUGGAAGAGAGUCCACUCGCCACGAUAUCGGUGUGCGGCGAUUUCGAAAGCCUGUCGGCUACCGGUGAAGAUCAAGAUGAUUAUCGUGAUCGAGUCGACAACGAAGAUGUGCUCUGUGAUGUCCUUCAAGAAAGCGGUCCUUUGAGAAAGAAGUUUAAGAUAAACAACUGUAUCAUCGAGCAAAAGGACAGUGAAAAGGACAAAGAAUUAGGUACGCCGCUACAGGUUCACGAAAGCAAUGCAGUUUCGAAUCAUAUGGACAACACGACGGGUGUGAUUAAUGUCGGCCACUUUAAGGAGCCUCUUACUAAUUGUAUAGAAUCAAAUAGUAGACUAGAUGAGGAGAAAAAGCCAUCGAAAGGCUCUAUCUCAAGGUUGAACAAGAUUGGUGUGGUAAUGGUUGAUUCCCGGGAGAAUAUCGUCGCAAUUGAUUGUUCGCGUGACGUUGUUCAUGGCGUGACAAGUGUUUUGGUAGACUUCAGUGACCUCGCGGCAAAUUGCGUUAUUUACACUUCACGGAAACCCUGCUCUCUUUGUACGAAGCUGAUGGUACAAGCCGGGAUUUCUAGAGUGUGCUAUUUACCAUUUGAGCCUGAAAACCCUGACGAACACGACCUCGAUAAAGUUGAAAAGCUGUACCGGAUGAGCGAGAUAGGGCAGUCCAUUUAUGUUCCAAACAUUCAAAAGACAGUUUUAGUGGAAAGUGAAGUAAAACGCUCACCAUACGCCCCUCACAAGUUAUCUCACAGAAGUGUUCUUUUCACCCUGCUGAAUCGUUACUGGAGUGAACAAUGGAAAAGAAGCAUUACCCUAAAGCUAAAGUGGCCAGAAUUCAACGAAUGCAAACAACAAGUAGAUCACUCCAUUCACAUUAUGCUAGAAUGGAUUGCAAGAGUCACAUUUGGAGACUUACCAGAUUCUGUUAACUUUUACGAAUGUGAAGGAAGAAACCCGAACGGUAAUGAAGCAAGUUCGGGAUGCACUCGAGACACUGUCCCGAACCACGAGGAUACACCGAUCAUUCCCGACGCUAGUAACCCACUUUGGCAGGAACUGGCUCGGCAUAUGUCGAGAAUGGCGAACAUUUUGGCGCAACGUUCGAACGAUCCGAAAAGAGGAGUCGGGGCGGUAAUCUUGCAGCGGAAUCAAAUAGUAUCUGCGGGUUGGAAUGGCUACCCUCCGAAAGCUAACUACGGGGAUUUUCCGAGAGCUUCCCACAUUGAUGGUCCCUCGCUGACAAAAAAGUACGCUUUCUCGAUCCAUGCCGAACAAGCGGUGAUUUUAGGCAAGAACACACGGGACAUAAGCGAAGACUCAAGCACCAUGUUUGUGAGCAAAACCCCGUGUGAUGAGUGUGUCCCGCUUAUUUUGAAAGCAGGAAUUAAGAAUGUGGUUUUCCCACGGGACAAUCAACAAAGAAACCCUGCCUGCCUCAAGUACAUUCUGAUUCAGAGAAACAUUGCGCAAGGGAAGUUAAAUGGCUUCGAGAGUCGUUUUCCUCUGACUGAACAGACACAUUGUCAAGCAGAAGGUCCGGCUAUGACGAGGACACCACGACAGCUCUGCUUCAACGGAGAGGCAAAUGGACUUGCACCGGUAACUGACGCGAGUAAAUAAGAAAGAAAGGCCACGUACAGUCAGGAGUCCAUAACGAGGAGCGUCCCAUAUAUGCUUUCCACAUGAACCAUUGUAUGUCCACGUUGAACUAUUUUAAGCAGUGUUUAAUUGUAGAGCUUCUCUUACUUGAUUCUGAAGUUUCACCGAAAAACGCGCUGACGGCUAACACCAUUAUGAGAUUACCAAAUUACUGAGUUUGUUUGCGCGUUUUAAUAGCUCAAAAGUCUGGGCUGUUUCAAAACUCUCACCAGAUCAACUUUCUGUAUACUGUAUAUGUCUCAAUCUGCACAGAGGUGGUCUCCCAAACGUUCGCUUCCAGACAAAAAAAAAUGUGUAAUCUUGUUAAUCUAAUAACUUGUGGAUCUAAUGUGGAGGUUAUUCUUGCAAACGGGUGAACAUAAGGUAGAGGGUGACACAGUGAUAAAGAUAUUCAAUGAUGAUGAUAACCAACUUGAGUUUUCUCCUCAAAAUAUCCGCAAUACCAAGUCUUGCCGACAAGUUGUGAGAAUACAGAUACUGAUCAAGGAGAAAUUCAACAUUUAUCGAAAUAAUCCCAACUUCAAUGUUGCUAUACAAUAACCAAUGUGUGGUGAUGGGGAUUUUCUUUCUUCGCUUAAGAGUGAUUACGUGUACUUGCUUGGAGAUGUUUUUUAUUCUUAGUCUGUUUCGGGCGUUCAGCUAGUUGGGGGUUAGCGCGAAGUUCGGUGACUGCAAAAUGGGGCAGGAUUUGAAGUCUAGUUGGUUUAUUGGGUUGUUUACGUUUGUUGUGAUUGGCCGUUGUAAUAAUAUUGGUUUUAGACAAUUGAAAACGGCCACGAGGCGAUCGACCUGGUGAUUCAGGGCUUCUCCUGUUUCU